AGUCCAGUGCGAAGCCCCAAAGGACCCCGCGGGUGCGGUCGACGCGUACGCCUCCAAACCCCCGCGCACCCCGCGAGGGCGAGAUUGAUCGAGGCGCGUUUCCCGACAUUUUCCUGCCGCGGAUUUUCCUACCGGGUCGUACUGCGGCUGGGCUUUUAUUUCGGGAAGGGAAAAGAGCCCGGGUGCCGCCUAUCGAUUGGUCUGGGGUCGCCUGCAGCAUCUCUACCGCCCCGAUCCCCUCCUACCCCGAAAAUGCAAUCGGUGCCGCGUAUCACCCCCGGGCACUGGAAAAUAGUGGGCGACAUGUUCGGGAAUAGGUGAUUAUGAAUGUACUCGGUUUUGGGGCCAGAUUAUUCGGGAGCUAAUCUGGUAUGCAGUGGCGGAAAUUAGCACGCUCAAAAAUCGCAUCCGGUCGGUCACGCACGCGCACCAUGCUCUGCUGUGGCCGCAGGAAGGAUAAUGGACGAGAGGCUCUGGAUCUCACUGCGUCGCCGCUACGUACACCUCCAGUUGCCCCUAAUAAUAGGCCCAACCAUCCCCCACCGAUGGUCAUCCAGGGAGACUUUAGAAAAGUAUCAGGAAUUAGCAGUGAAAUAUUCAAACAGAUAGAAGCUAUUGAAAAUGAUCACGACGCUUCUACUGCAGCUGCAUUGGAGCAUGUGGAACGACGGGGUGAGAUGAUAGUUCGCAUCUUAGAUGCCAGGCACCUGGGGCGUACUGCAGCUGAAUCUGCCAAACGGUUCCUCGGCAUGCAGGAUGCGAAGCAUCAGGUGCAGUUCGUCGAAAUCGUCAAGAGGCCUGGCCAAACUCUCGGACUUUACAUUCGGGAAGGCAAUGGCCAAGAACGGCCUGAUGGCGUGUUCAUAUCCAGGAUCGCUUUAGAGUCGGCGGUAUACAACAGCGGGUGCUUGAAGGUGGGCGAUGAAAUUCUGGCUGUAAAUCUCGUGGAUGUCACUCACAUGAGUCUCGACGACGUAGUGAUCAUAAUGUCGAUACCUCGGCGUCUGGUGCUGGCCACCAGACAGCGCAAGGGGGGUAAGGGGGGCCAGAGCUCGCCUUCGGUCCAGCCUAGGGCUGAACAUAAGCCUCCCCCCGUUGUCGUCAUUAAAAGGGAUUUACGGGAAGACGAGACGGACGAAGGGGAUGGGUCCGAACAGCACAGAGAUUCGAUUCGUCAGAGACACACUGGCGAUGGUCGCGAGAUGAGCGAGUCCCGUUCACGUCUAGGUUUAGGAUUAUCCAAUCUAGAUCGGCAGUCUGCCCUGGAUAGGCAUUCCCAGCAACACGCGCAGCAGCAGGCUGACACGAACGGUCUCGAUUUGUACUACAACAGUCGACCACCAGAGACGAAUUGGGGUUACCAACCGCCACCGCCCGUAAUUACCGAACAGCCGAAAGCCAGUGUGCCCCACUUUCAGCAGUACGAACGGUCCUAUCCUAAUACUCUGGAGAGUUUGGCAGAAAAAUGGCACGGGCGCCGAAUGUCUGCCGGUGGUGGUCAAACCAUGCCUUCCAGGAUGUCCUCGCAGCAAACUGCUUCCUCUCAUUAUUACGUGCAGCACACUGGUACGGGGGGUAGGAGGAUAAUGCCGCGUUCCGGAUCCGAUCAGCACCUGCCCCAAACGGAGUACACGGACUACACCAGUAUUACCCAGGCCGGAAGGCACAGCCUGCUUAGGUCUAGCCUCAAGUCUGGAUCCACUUUAAGCCGAUACAAUCAGCGAUACGUAGACCAGGCCGCGGUCGCGGCCCAGCUCUCCCAAACGAAAUAUGGGACGACGGGAAGCCAAUAUGGCUCUACUGCCGGCUCAGCGACCCUGAGAAGAAAUCGGGGAAGUCUGGAUUAUUCCAGCGAUACUGAGGCCACGGUCGGGUCUAGAGCCGGUUAUUAUUAUUACAGAGAGCGGGGAUCGUCUGCGACUGCGGGGGCCGUCCCUCACAGCACUAUUCCCACACUCGGGAGGCAGAACUCCCUCACCGCCACCGAUAUAUCCACCAAGUUUAACUCGCUGCCCAGGGACUCUAGGGGUUCGGCCAGAUUGCCGAUGAACAAAAGAUUCGCAGACAGGAAUGUAUCCAUUUUGCAGGACGACGCUGACGGCGCGCUUUCCGCCCCCGAAAUGCCAUCCAUCCGGAGAGAUCGAGAUGAAUACAGGCAAUGGCUGAGCCGUACACCGUCGACUUCCGCCAUUUACGAGCAAAUACGAGCAUCCAGGGAUGUACUAAACCAGCAAAGGGCGGCCAGGUUCACCUUCAGCGCCGAAAAUAUACAUGACGCAUUUAAAAACAUGGAAAGCAGCGGCGGAAUCUACAGUUCCUACGGACGAUCUGGAGCUACCUCAACGUUGGACAGACACUUCAGCAGGUCCCAGCAGCCAUCGAUACCCGCGAGAUCACUGUCAACGCAACAUAUCACGUCCUCAUCCACAGCUUUAAGUAGUAGUAGGUCACCGUCGAUGCGUCGAAUGAGACAACUUCUCGAUUUGGACAGCGCAAGAGCCGGCGCAGCUCCUAGUCCAGUGCCAACACCGAGCGGUACAUUACCCAGAGGUCAAAGGCAGUUAGACAUUAACCCAGCAGAAUUUUUGAAGUAUAAAAUCGAUAAACCCGGAAUGACCAGCGGCACCUCAAUGACUGGCCUGUCUCAGCUCGCCGGUGGUUCUUUCCAAUCGUCUGCCGACGAACCAGUCAGUGGUAUGCUUUGGGUGCACCUUUUAGCUGGCAGGGGCUUACGGGCUUCCACCGGUACCUCAGCCGCUACCACCCCCGUCACACCCAGCGGCGGAACACCGAUUAUCAGCGGUUCGACGGCACUGAGGGACUUGUACUGCGUACUGGAAUGCGACAGGGUACACAAAGCGCGCACAGUGGUGAGAACCGGCGAUUUAGUGUUCGAUUGGGACGAAAGUUUCGAACUCGACCUGGUCAACAACAGGGAAUUGGAUUUGUUAAUUUACUCGUGGGACCCGCAGUACAGGCACAAACUCUGCUACAAAGGGUCCGUGUAUCUGCCCACUCUGCUCAAGUCCGGCCCCAUACACCAGCUGGCGCUUAAAAUCGAACCCAGAGGAACUCUAUAUCUAAGACUUAGACACACCGAAUCGAGUACACUCUACCGGAGAAGGCCUCUCGCGACGUUAAGCUUGUCAAGGACCACCCCUCUGUUCGGAGUCGACUUGGAAUCUGUGGUAACGCGAGAGAACAAGACCGGAGGAGUUCCGGGUGGGGUUGCUACCGGGUUAGUGACCGGAGUGCAACAAAACAUCCCCAUCAUCGUCAGACGAUGCGUCGAGGAAGUGGAGCGCAGAGGUUUGGACAUUAUAGGGUUGUACCGAUUGUGUGGAUCGGCGACGAAAAAACGAAUUUUGCGCGAGGCGUUCGAACGCAACAGCAGAUCGGUAGAUCUCAGCCCAGAUAACGUGCCGGACAUCAACGUGAUCACUGGCGUCCUGAAGGACUAUCUUAGGGAACUGCCCGAGCCACUGUUCACCAAAUGCCUCUAUCAGAUGAUGGUCGAUGCCUUGGGAGUGUGUCUGCCCGACGAUCCCGAGGGCAAUGCCAAACUCAUGUUCUCCAUACUGGAUUGUUUGCCGAGAAUAAACAGGGCCACGUUGAUUUUCCUUAUGGACCAUCUCGCCCUGGUCGUGUCCGCUUCCGAUCGGAACAAAAUGGCGGCUCAAAAUUUGGCGACGGCCAUGGCGCCACCGCUAAUGCUUCAUUCGGGAGACCUGAUGACGUCCACAGCGCCGUCGAAAGAUCUCGACUAUCAACAGCCCAUCAGCGUGCUGCGAUAUUUGCUGCAAAUAUGGCCCACUCCUAAACAUCACUCAGGUCGGCGCGGCAGGCCGCCCGGGCCGCGUGGAGACAGUCGCAGUGCGUAUCAAGCGGCGCAGCCGGGGGCACAGGCCCCCCGCGAGCCGUCUCGGCUCUCAGCGGCUCUGUCUCCUCAUCCUCCUCGCUCAGCAGCCUCGGGCCAGCCGCACAGAGGCCCACUACCGCAGGUCCCAUCACAUCAGAUACUCGGCCCAUCAUCAGUAAGCAGAGGUCCCUACCGGCCGCUCUCUCCGCGAGUCGGCCCGCCAGCAGCGGCGCUGCCGCCUCAGGGGGCGGCCUCGUCCCCGUCGUCGGCGGGCGUCCUCAAGCCCCGCCAUGUGAUAGUCUCAUCCCCAGGAUCGCCAAGCAGCAGUAGCGAUUCCCAAUCGGGUUCGGACUCUGUCAAACACUGCCUACCCGGCCGCGUUAGUUCGCCUGCGAUCCGCGCCUCCCCGUCAGCCACCGCCCUGAUUCGCUCCUCCCCGUCGGUGACGUCGGUCCGGAACUCGCCCUCAACUACCCUGUCCCCGGCCGCGGGUCCUCGCAACUCUCCCUCAAUCACGAACAUCACGAGAUCGUCACGAUGCAGUUCGCCCGCGAUGCAAGCCAGCUCCGCAGGCCUGAACGUCACGAUAGGCGGAAAUUCACCGUCAUUCUCGUCGCUAACGGGAUUGCAGAACACCAUUGCCAACAUGAACACUACUACGAGCAAUAUGUUCGGCAUAAACUACCCCCAGCCAACCACUUACGUCAGCACGAAUCCCUUUUUGACGGGCGCUUACUUGACAUACACUUCAUCGGAGAGCGGUUACAGCGAAGGAGAUAAAUUCAACACGAUCGGGACGACCAAGGAGGCGAAGUCGUUCUACGAGGGUUAUUCGUCAGCCGGAACGAAACCGGAGAUGUCGUCGUAUAACACCACAGGCUCCAAGUUCCAGGAGCAAAAGACGAACUACCUGAGCUCGAUGUAUGGCGGCGCCGGAAAGAACGGCAGCGGCAGCUACGAGGACGGGGACGUCAACUCGCUCCAGAUGAGUCCGCGGCUGCUUCAAGUGGAGGAGACUCCGACGCCGACGAGCAGCAUCGAAACGGAGGACAGCAACACCAGGGAGGUUGGGGAAAAGGACGUGGAAGGGGACGGCGAACAGUCUGACUGAAACGCGCGGCUCGGGCCCACGUACAAUAACGGUAAUAUUUAAACAAAACGGCUGCACAAGUUAAUAUAAAAAAACAACACGACGACUUGGUCGAAAGUUAAUAACAUAACCUAUCACUUUCAUCUCUGUCGAUGUAUUUACCAUUUUUUCGACUUGUAUCACUUUGAUAAGGUACUUACGAAAUAUUAUUUAGUUACUUACUAUUGGGUAACGACCGUAAGACAUGCUACGUGUACUUGCUUAUUAGAAUCAAACUUGUUUACCAAAAAUAGGAUCGUUGUUGAAAAAAUGUAUAAUUUUAGUUUAUAGAUAGAGUUAAUAUUUAUGACCGGGAAGUGUGUCUCUAAAUGGAACCUUAGACGGUACCCGUUGCGUGUUACACAAUUUAUUUGCUAUUCAAAUGUCGUUUCGAAUUCACGUGUGAUAUAUUUGUCGACGUCGAUGACGUUGGCGAUUUAGCAGGCGGCAGUUUGAUCGUUAAGGAAAUCAUCUCUUUAUCAUCUUAAAGUUUGAUAUUAGGGGAUACUGACGAAAAUCCUUGUUUUGUCCAAAUUCAUAUCCACAUUUCGGGAUUACAGCUAUUUUACUAUAGUCUUGCAAACGGCUUUGUAACAGCGAAAAUGUAAAACAUACAACCAAAAGUAGUCGUUAAAAGAGUGCUUACGCUACUUCCAUUCGAGAAUAUAUCAAUAGUCAAAUUGAAAUUCGGUAUCUGGUUUUGUUUGUCAUGCUAGUCAGCGAAGUAAUUGAAUUUGGCUUAGAAAAAUAAAUAUUAUUGUCAUAUUAAUAAUUAUGGAUCUAAUAAAUUUAGUUAAAAAAGAAUUCAACAAGAAAGUAAGUUUUGAUCAAAAACGCUGACAGACCACCAAAAACAAAAUUUAGGUUUUAAUUUAUUUAGGCAAGAUUUUUGAGGAAUAUGUCAGAAUUUCCUAGAAGCAAGCAAAACAUUUCUGCCUGAAGUCAGAAUUUCUAUGAAACAAGUCAAAAUUUCUGAGAAACAAGCAAAAACAAUUGUCACUUAAGUCUGAUUUUCUGAGGAACAAGUCAGAAUUUCUAAAAAACAAGUGAUAGUGUCCGAUUUAAGUGUCUCGUAAGGAACAUUUAGAAUCUAAACCUCAAAUAUAUACUACUAGACAUCAAAUAUUACGAAACCCCAGUAUCUGUUUCGAAGUUUUUUUAUUACUGUUACCAAAAUUGUGAUUGGUAAAUAUUAGCCUCCAGUAUCUUUUAAGUAUUUAUGGGAAAAAAAUCAGAAAGAAUAAAUGCAACUAGUUUGUACGAGGCAUUUUGAGCCGAAAUUUUUUGUGUAUAUUCUUUAUGAAUUGCCCUGUAUACCUGGUGUUUUAAUUCGCAAUAUCCCUUACGACAGACUUAGUCAGAAAUUCUGACAUGCUUCUCAGAAAAUGUGGCUUAUGUCAGAAAUUCUGACCUGUUUCCCAGAAAUUCUGAAUUUUUCUUCAAAAAUUUGCCUAAAUUAACUAAAAAUUUUAUUUUUGGUGGCCUUUCAGCGGUUUCGUAGGUUUGCCUUAUUUCUGAAAUUCUUCAAAUUGAACAUCAUGCGUUUAACGAAUACUCUUUUUUGUUGCCUUUAUUUUAGUCAAAUAAAAUGUUUUUCUACUCUUCGAAAACUUUAGAAUCCCGUCAAUCAAAACAGAAAGGUUACAAUUUGUUCCGAACGAAAAAUCCCUUUAAUGAUGAAAAAUCUGAUUUACUAAUGCGCAUGCAUUGGUAUUCACAAUGCGUUGAGGAUCACCUCAAAAAAUGUGCUUUUCAUUUGCAAUAAUCAACUAAAUGAAAAGUUAUGAAUAAAAUACCAUUGUUACUUCGUUUUAUUCCUUUGGUUCGGUUAAGGACAAUGUUAUACUUUGUUCUCUGUGCUUGAUAAAUAUUUAGACACUGAGUCAAAUUCCAAACUAUUAUAACAUAACCUCAAACACACCAACAUUAUCGAAUUCUGGCGCACGAAUGUCGCAAAUUGGUGUUGUACUGUUCUAGUCUGCAGCAUUUAAACUUAAACUUAAAUACAAAAUAAAAACGGAUAAAUCCCAUUUAAAAUCCGAAUAAAAAUCUAAUGGUGGGUGAAUACAAGUAUAUAAAUGGAAAUAGAAAAGCAAAUACAAAAUUAGACAAGCGUAUUUUUACGAACGUAGCGGAGUAAUGAACGUGUUUAAUAUUUUUUAUUUAAUAAAUAACUGUUCCCCACUAAAAUUGUUAAGCUGAAAAAGUUACUAUAAAUGCCUGGCUCACAAGCAGGACAUAUAAGGGACAUAGUUCGGGAACUAUUAGUGCCUGCCUUUCUAUUAAUCCUUCAGCACAAUGGCUUAUCUUGUUUUAUUUCCCAACUACUCAAACACGGCUAUUAAAUUUGUUACUGUUUUCUCUCUAUACAUCUACGGGAUCCCUGUUAUUGUAGAAACGUAUAGGGCUUGGCCGCACCUUUAGGUGGCACCACAAUCGCUCGAAUCUACGCCGUACAUGAGUCUGAUUUCACAGUCAUAAAAUAUGUGCUGAAUUGUAGGAGUAUAUCGGCUUUUGUGACCUGAUUAUUGACAUAUCUGGCAUUGGUUUAUUUGUGACUUAGCUUAUUAUUUCGGUGGGUGUGCUUUGCUCGUAGAAAAGUGAUCUCUACUGGCCCUAAAAUUAGUGUCGCUUACAAUCAGAUGCAAGGCAAAACGUUGGGUCGAAGGAUUGCUGUAAUGCUUAAGGUCGAUUCGCACUUGGUUAGUCAUUUUUUCGUGCCUAUCUUGAAAUACUUGAGCUUAUGGUCAUGGUCAUAAGUAAUGGUUGUAUCACGCGUUGAAACAAGUCCAUUUGCUUGGCUAUAGAUUGUAUGAGAUUUUUGAUCAAACGCUGUUGUGAGCAAACUGAACGCGAAAACAUGAAAGUUUUAUGGGGGCUCCCUGCAAAUUUAAACUGUUGACGAAUUAGGUACCGCGACAACAAUCUAACGACGCAAUUUUAAUUUCAACAUUCUGAAUUUCGAAAGCUAAGAAUUAGCUCUAUGUAAACUAGUGAUCGGCCAUCUUAGAAAACCUGGCGGUGUUCCGGUUUAAUUAUAAAAUGUAAGGCGUUCUUCUAAUUGGUCGAUAAAAGGGAAUUUAUAAAAUGAAAUAAUAUUGUUCAAACUCUUUCAUAGCACUAUAUUACUUGGGAUGGUUAAUACAGUAAAUAGCAAGAGAUUUUAAAUCCAACAGUUUUGUUUUCGACUGGUAGGAUUAUUAAACAAAUGAAGAUGGCGUGGUUAGCUUAUGAGAACAAAAUUAUAUAUACAAAAAAAAAUUAUUAAGUGUGUAAAUGCGCAAUGCAUUCCAAGUAAGGUGAUUUAUGAUAAUGAUGACUUAAGUAAAAUUAGUCAUAUUUUGAUUCACAAUUGGAGAAUCUAUGCAAUUCCUGUGUAGUAUCGAGUCUUCCUUUCCAAAUGGCAUCACAUGUACCUUCCGUUUUUCCUUUUUUCUUAUUUUCUGCCUCCAAUAUUCUCUCUGAAAUAUUUGUGAAGAUAAACGUUUUUCCUCUAUGUUUGUGUUAGGCCCUUUCAACGUAUGACAAAUUGCCCUUUUAUAAAGAAGAACAGCCUGUUUGAAAACUGUAACACAGGAGUAGAAUAUACCGCCAUUACAACGCAGUACACAUCUUUCUUCUUAAUAUCCGACGUGAAACUUUUUACAAUAGUGCUUUUCAGUAAAAGUCGUCCUUGUCGCUGUAUUGUAUUGUUGAAUAAUAAUAAGGACCUCUUGUAUACAGGUCUCUGUCGUGGCACUCCAUAUCUGUAGAGCUUUAUCUAGAUGAAAAUACGUGUGCGCCUGUUUAGCUUAGAUGGCUUUUAAGCCGACAGUGGCCCGACAGUAGACCUAUUAUUAUGCUUAUUUGUAGCUUAGCAGUUUGCUGUAAAUCUGGUCCAUGGACCUCCGAGAAAUUCCUUUGCCUGACCAAAAGGGUUAAGGUCGAACAUUUGUUACCAAUGUGGCCUUCAUUAGUUGGUUAGUUAGUAUAUGAAAAUUCAAAACAAACUUCAAUGUUAUUUUGCUGAAUUGUAUGGCUUUUAUUACCGCGGUGUAGAUCGCAAUUGUUUACUUCUUCUUCAGUUUUUGAAUCAAAUGUGCAGCAAAUUAUUUCUGCCUUUAUUAUUGCGUCAUUUUUCCAGUCUUGUCUGGUUGAAUCUGGUUGAAAAAAGCAGUACUUCGUCUGCCUUUAUCGCCCUGUACAUCUUGUCAAGCUAUGUCUACCAUUUAUUGGUGACUAACCUUGCGACGGAUUUUGCUUCGGCUUGAAUAUAGAUCUGUAUUGCAAUAUUCAGUGGGACCUUAAGGGCUCCGGAGGGUGUGCUCAUCGCUUUGUGGCUAGCCUUUGCACGCUACCCCAUAUACUGUCAUUGGUCUUGGUACUGUUGGGUACAGCCAAACUAUGAUUUUUGGAUUGAAGCCCCAGUUUUUUCCACACAUGCUUCUGCGCCUUCCUAGUACAACCUUUGAUAUUUGACGCCGGUCUUCCUUGCAACUCAGUUUUCUUAUGAUUGAGUAACUGUUAGUAAUUAUUUUGUCAUGUUCAUUUGGUGGUAUCUACCAAACGUAUUAAAAAAAGAUGAUUGUGUAUUCAUUCAUUCAAUAAUGACGACUACAUUUAUCACCUUGCAUCAAUAGAACUCGAUAUUUUUACUAAUCUCUUUUUCCCCAUAGAGCAAUAUUUUAGUAUUUUGGUAAUAACCAACAUAGAUAGAUAGAGAAUUGGUAUAUAGUACUCCAGAGUAAAGUAUUUGCUAGGGAAAAAAGUUUUCUUUUAUCGACACUCCAAUGAAGAGCGCACUUUCAAAAAAAAAUUCCGAAACUUCUGCACAAAUGUUUAAAAAAUCACUGCCAAUUUCAAUAGAACACGACGUAUGUAAGUUAGGCAAAAUUCAUUAUAAUUCAUUAGCAAUUUGUACACAACAAAUAAACAAAUUCCUUUACUUGAACGAUUGGAUGUUGGUAGGCGUUUUUUAAAAUCCCUGCUGUUUUCCCCCAGCUCGUAUGUUUUCGAUGUCGACACGCUUUUGAUCUCUGUACAUUCUUAUGAUGUAUAUAAUUGUAUAACGUUGCUACUAGAUUCUUCUUUAAACGACGCAUUUCGCUGUUUGUUGUAUUCAUUGUAUUGUAUUUUAUGUAGGUAUGUACAGUUCGUUUCACGUUUCCAUUAUUAUCCGUUAUUAUAGUCGUUCCUGUGCAAAAGUUUAUUUCCGUUUUUGUAUAUUGGUUUUGUUGUCGACUGAGGAAUAUGUUUAACGUAUAAAUGUGUACAUAGUGAAUGCUAAGCGGUUUCUUUAGUUGCGUGGCAAUAAGCGGAUUCUGCUAGCGGGUGUUCCGACUUAAUAAUGACGACGAUGCUUCCCUUUAUCAGCAUACGGUAAUCACUUCGUAGAACGUCAUUUACGUAAUGUAAACAGUACUAUUAGGGAAGUCCGUAGAUCUGCGAAUAACUAAAUAGGUCCCUUGUUUUUCACCACCGCUAGCGAAAUUCCGACAUUUUUGAAAAUGGAAUUGUUUUCUAUAUCAAUUUUAUUCCAGUUAAAAUAUUAUUGCUAUUUUUAUUAUUUUAUUACAAAAUUUAAGAAUAAAAUACAAAAAAUGGUAAACUUCAGGAUAAUUGUCUAAGACGUUGAUUCCAGAAUUCAGUUGCGUCCUCAGUUUUUUAUAGUGUUCUAAGUGUAAGUUUGAGGUUCAGGCCAAACCCAACUCCAUGUAUAUUUUUUAGUACUCAAUUGAGCUUUUCGUACUAUUUCUAAAAAUAUGUUUUAAAAAAUGAUUAUAAAUAUUUGCUUGUCUAAAAUUAUAAUUUUUCUAAUCAAAGACUUACGCAAUAUUUUUAGAGACUACUCUAAGUAGCCAUUUUUUCUAGUAAUAAUAUGUGAAGGAGAGCUUAAUUAAGAUAAGUAAAUUAAUAACAAGUAUAUUUUCCAAAAUGUCAAAAUAUAUGUUUAUUUCAAAUAAUAUAUAAGUAUUAUACAUUCUCGGAAAGUACAACAUAACUAUUAAAAAAAAUAUUACUUUUCCAAUAAAUCAGAGCACGCCACUGAAUUUUACCUGCAUCUAUACAUCUACGAGAUUCCGUUUCAAUUGUCUCAAAAGCUUGGCUAUAAUUAUUUUGGAAACGCCAUUUUUUGUUUCACGAAAAUUGAGCACAGUAAUAACAACAAAAAUAGACACGGUGUACGCGGUAACUAGAAAAUGUUUAAGGAAAUCUCCUAAACUCGAUUGGCAAAUUUAAAUAGGAGGAAGUUACAUGGAAAUUGAGGAUCCACAAAAAGUAACUUAAAAAACAAAAGACCAAAACACUAUAACAAAACUAUAAGAACUGAGAUUGGGCUAUCAAACUGGCUAAUUUUUCAUACUGUGGAUCAAAUUGGGUCAUCUUUUUGAAAAGCUCAGACUAAAACUGAUGCCAUUAUUGACAUGACAUUACCAUUUCAGAUGUGCUUUUCGAACAUAUUCAUUUUUAAAGAAUCGCUCUUGUUUUAUAUGAAUUUAACGGUUAAAAUUUAAUAUUGUCGGGAAUACGCCGUAUUUGUUUUAAUUAUCGAAUAAAGCUUAGAAUUACUAUCCAAUUAUCUUUUUGCAAGGGUAAUUCUAAAUUUUUUUUAUCGAAAAGGUCAUUGUUAUUUAUUAAACUGGCAUAUUUUUUACAAAAAUUUAGCCCGACAUUACAAUCUUAGAAAUUGAAGUUUGCCUUUAAAAGUGUUCAAUUUGACCUGCCAUGUAACAACUUACGUUAUACUUAUAAAAUUGUUAAAAAAAAAUCUGCAAUUUUAUUUGCUUUUUAGGUUAUCUUAGCCCUAUUAUUGUUUUAUUGAAAUUGAAAUAAAAAAAAAGAAAACAUUAAAACUUAUUCUAUUUUCUGCUCCCAAUAAAAAUGACAUAGGUAGAACUUUCGUAUUCAGAAUAUUUCUCUACAAUUUGUGGUGGAUGUGUUUCUACCGAUGCAUACCGGGUUCAGAAGCGUCGAAAACAAUACACACACUUUACUAUACUAACGGAGUGUAUUACUAUACGUGAAAAACAGAAAAGUACAAAUUGCAUGGACCGGUCGUACCGACUCUGGUCCAGCCGAUCGAAAUCGAACAAAACAAUCAAAAAUAACAUCAACACAAUUCGUUCCCUCAAAAGGAACUGGCCACCCCGCGCUCCUUCGCCGACUUCGCCUCCGACAAUUGGCAAUAUAUGGCGCUCCGCACAUCAGCACCAUACAGUACACUCCAACGAAUCUUUAAACCAUCACAAAUUUACAAUAAAUAUUUUUCGGAGCGAUUUACAUUAUUACAUAUAUGUUUUUAUUUACACAAAACCAUUCUGGAAGGAAAUCCGCGAUGCAAAAUAUCAUGUUUCAAAAAUUUUACUUGUUCUUGUUGGUCAUGUUAAGAAAGAUAUUUUAGUUGCGUUAAUUCAGUCUUCCUCAAAAAUGAAACAUCGAGUUUACCGGAUUUAUGAUUUUAAGUGAUCACAGCGAAGCGUUCGAUAUUCUUCUGGUUCCGUGGUAACCAUUGGUGCUGCUUUUUCGCAAAGGUGUUGAAAAAUAUGAGACCGUCCUUGCCUUUUCAUUAAAUGUGACCCCAUUUUAGAUAAAUAAAAAAUUUUUGCAAUUUUGUAAUAAGUUGCGGGGCUAGUUGGCAGCGGAAUAUUCGUUUCGUAUAUUACAAUAAAUGUUUGAGAAUGCACACGAUUUAUCUUAACAAAAUACAUACCACAAGGCCUGCAGGGCGAAAUAUCAAUGGAAAAGCCUAAAGGUCUUUUGCCUAAGUAGUAAAUGUGGGUAGAAAAUGGAUCUGUAUAUUUAUUACUAUAACUAUGUUUAGAUAAAAAUGAACGUAUGAUGACAGAGCUAAAGAGCGAGAGCGAGAGAGAUACUCUAGUCAAUUUUAUGUUUUGUCAAUUUUAGAAUGAGUAUAGUAGAGCAAAUUUGUUAUUUAAGAUGUUAUUCUGUGAGCACUAUCGAAAAAAAUUUAUGUUACUUUACAUAGUUGUUUGGACUCCACAUAAGAAUUAUUGAUUUUUAUAACCCUUACCAAAACCGAAAGUGCGGAAAAUCCAGUUUUACCAUUAUUUCAAACCCAUAAUAUGAUAGUUUUACUUUUGUUUUGUUAAACAAUAAUCAUAAAGACCGACGAAAUAAUCUAUUGAUAGUUGUUGCGUGGAAUCCAAACUAGUUCACGCAAAAAAGUGCAUGGAAGUGUAUGUGUAUGCACAUAUCAUAAAAAUUUAUACUUUCUUAACGAUAGCCACGGCUGAUGUGUGUACAAUAAAGUGAAAAGAUCGACUUCGACCAUUUACCAGAUUAUUUUCCAUUUUUAUAUUCCAAACGUGUUCGUAACAUAAUGAAAACGUCAAAUCAGUGUAAUCGACAAAGCUACUAAAUUACGUGCUGGUCAAAGAUGCUGAAGUGUCUGAAAUGAUCACCAGGGGGCUCAAUUGUUAUAUCGGUUUUAAACACUCGGUUUAUACAAAAUUUCUAACGUCAAGCAUUGUUAAUGCUUAGGAAAAUUCAAAUCUGGAGGUGUUGGAACAUUUUUCCGAAAUAAAUGACGAAAGCUCCAAAAAGUUUUUUUUUUUAAUUUUAAUAAACUUAACAAGAACUUAUAGCUAAGAAAGUUUAGUGAUGUGAAUCAUUUGUCGUGUUUUGUGGGUCGUUAUAUUGCCGUUAUCAAUUUUUAAUUUAUUAAAUAAAUUUCUAAAAUUAAUCCAAUGUCGGAUAUACUCUAAAGGUCGGGAAUACUUAGGUGAAUGUUCAUUCCGAUUUCGCAAUGGUUUUUGCGGUUUGGAGGCUUGUACAAUUAACAAAACAGAUAUCGAACGCAUGAGUCAUAAGUGUUCCAAUGCAGAUAUACUGUCCCGCUUAAGGAAUUAAGGAAAGAAAGCUGGAGUAGUUUGGUGAUGAGAGGUAGGAAGUACCGUCUACUACAAAAUGUUAAUCAAAACAAGAUAACAGGUAGACGAGAAAGACAUCCAAGAUGAAACAUUUGAGAGACUGGUAUAACAUGAAUUUCAGUUCAUUAUUUGGACUAGCAUGUGACUCGCUAAAAUUUACCAAUACCCAACUUUCUCAAAGGACAUGGUAUUUAAAAAAAUCAAGAGUUUAAUAAAUAGAACUCCAAUUUAUACAUUCAUGUAUAUUAUAAAAUUUUGUUAUUUACCUUUUUCUUCAUUGCAUCAAAGUGCACAAAAUUACACAUCAGCUGACAUUACUUCUUUUAUUUAUUAUCACUUAUUUUUUCAUUAAAUAUUGGGUUUAGACAACUAACCAAAAGUUGUUCUUGAACACUAACUAAUUUUAUUAAUUAUUGGCUUAUUUCGAUAGAAAAAUGUGAAUGAAAUAAUCAUUUUUACCACUUUAAGUACGAUAUUGUUAACUCAAGAAACACUUUACAAAUUUAAAAUAUUUAAAACGGUAAGUAAUCAAGAGAGUUUGAUAAGCAUCCAUGAAAACUUUGAUAAUUCGAAAUGAAUCAGUCCUGUCAGAAAAAUAUUUUAUGCAUUUUUAAAUGUUUUUUCACAUUGAACUAAUUAAAUACGACAAUAAUUAACGAAAUUAGUUAGUCCUAAAAAAAUGAGUAAUGACACACCUAAUUUUUAAUAAAGAAAUAACUAAUAAUUCUAAAUAUAAAAAGUGAUAACAUAGUAAUUUAAUUUUGAAUAUUAUUUAAAACAAAUUUGGUAUGUUCGGGCUAGUUAGAUAUUAAAAUCGGCAUGCAAAGCGGAAAUUUUUCACAAAAUUUCAUUUUUUUUUUAGUUUAGUUAAUAUUUUAGAUAACUAUCUUCAUAGUGAGAUUCCGGUGUCCAUUGGAUUAUUGGGCCCUCAAAAAAUUCAUUUCGUUGAAAUUUAUUUUGUAUCAGAAAAUUAUGUUAUUUUGGGAUAAUGUCAGAAAAUACCACCUGGUGGUAAAGUAAGCAAACGUAAUCGAGUCACUCAUUGCAAAAUGCUAUUUUAAACUACUCCAAGUUCAUUAUAAUGAAAUUAAAGGAAAUGGUAUGAAAAUAUUUUAAAAACUUGGUUUUCAAAAUCGAUAUGGCUCAUUAACGGUCAUUUCAGAAACUCGAAAAUAAUUUCCAGCAUUUUCUCUUAGUAAAUUUACUUCUUAAUUCUUUUUUCUAAACCGUUGUUCUUACUUUGACACACGGUAUAACUAUUGGAAAACUUUGAGUGUACACAUUUUUUUGAGACAAUUUUGAUAUAUUUUUAAUUUUUAUUCAAGCUGUGCAAUAUUUAAAUUCAGUUGUGCCGAAGAGGAUGGAGAUGAACUUCCCAUAGUUGAUCAUAUGGCUCAUAUGUUACGAAUGCGUUGGGACUUUUGUCUCCUAAUAGAUUACGGAAACUGUUAUGUAUACACGUGUAUUUUUCCGGAAUAUUUUUACGCCGUUUCCGAGUACGAAUCGCUUGCUUACGCCUAUACGUGUGUGUUAUAUAGUAGUUUGUCGAUUCAUCCGCAUGUGCGUCAGUGAGAUACGCGGCAAGCAGCUCCUGGAGUUGAGAAGUUGUGGAACGUAAAAAAUAAUAUUUUUAAAAUAAUGCUAAUUUUGUUGGGUAUAAAAUAAGGCAGUAUAAAAAUUUUGGAACGUCACCUUCCCUGCUACUAUCUAAGGCUAAUUUAAAAAAAUAUUAAGCUAAUUUAUUAUCGUUGUAAGCUUAGAUAGCUCACACACACAUCGCCAAAUAGCAACAAUAACUUUGGAAUUACGGGAAACAUCACGAGGGCAAAGAAAAAGAAAUGCAUUCAUAAAAAUACACUUUUUAUCUCCAUAGUCGGUUGAUUAGCAUUAGCAAUAGGCAGAACCAAAGCACAUGCAAUGGAAAAACUAAUCGAAAUGUAACAAAAGAAACUGAGGAACGUGAGUCGUUGAUCACUGCGCGCAAUUUACAGAAACCAUUUGCUAGUUCGUCACGUGUAAUCGCAUUAUAUUUCAUUUGUACCCUAAUAAAGAAAUAGACAAUAAAUUUAAAUAAAUGAUAUCGGUAGACGUUUUUUUGUACGCGAUCUAUGUAACUACGUAUUACUAAGGAACGGAACGCCAGUGAAAAUAUUCCCGGAAAAGUAUCGAGAGAAGAAACCAUAGAUGUUAAAGAGUAAACUAUUAUCAGUAUUUAAGAUAGCUUUUCGAAUGGCUAGACCCUCCUAAAUAUGUACUUACAAAAUAACGAAUAAAGUAAUUCAGUUGA